GCAUUCGGAUGAAUCUUCUUUAAUUUCCUUUAUUUUUUCAUUUUCUUUCAAUCUUUCCACAAAAGAGCAUCAAUUCCGGCGCCAACAACUUCCUGACCAGGCGUUGCCCAUAAGGCCAUUAGUACAGUUCACCAACAACCGUCAUCAGUCGGCCAUCACCCAAAACUUCACCGGCAGUCGUUGACAUCUUUCAUAGUUGCCGUUGUGCGCAGCCCAUAGCCCACGACUUUCGCAAUGGCCGUCACCCGCCUCCUGUUGCCCACCGUUCCGCGCGCAGCCCAUGGGCUACAAGUUCCCCAAUUAACUUCUGGUGCCGGCCACCCUUGUAAUGAAACAGAGGAAGGAUGGAAGAAAGAUAGGCAAAAAAACAAGAAACGGAAAAGAAAUAAUUUUGGGCUAUGCAGGGAACAGAAGGAAAGCAAGAAUCUGAACGCAAGAAGAAAAACCGAAAGAAAAAAGAAAGAGGAUGAAAAGAAAACGUAUGUGAUAAAACCGAAAGGGGUCAGAGGAGAGAGUAUUUGGUUCUCAUAAGUGAUCACUCAGAAACUUUAUACUGGAUGGUUUCAAUUAGAUUGAGUUUCAAAUCUUUCUGUGACAUGAAAUUAAAGAUGAUACUCCAAAACUUAUGUGGGAUGAGCCCAAAUUCAAACAAGCCAUGAGAAUAAGAAAUCCCAAGAAUAGGCUAAAAAAGAUUUUGGAUGCAUGCAAAAACAAAAGCAAAUGUGAAGGAGGGGAUGAAAUUAAUCUGCAAGGCCGAGAUCCUGACGAACCUGUAAAGAAGACUAGGGGUGGUUGUGGGGCUCAACAGCCCAAGAUUAGUAUAGAUGGCAUGAAAAUGGUUUCAGAUUAUAAAGGUCAGAAGAAGAAGAAUGACGACCAGGAACAGAUGCCAGAGCCAGGACGUAAACAACUUACGGCAGAAAUGGUCCUUAGCAUUCUGAAGCGGAUAAGUGAUGAAGACUGUCAAUUGUUAGGACUAGACCCCAAGUAUGCUCGCCCAGACUGGAUGAUUCUUCAAGUACUUCCUGUACCCCCACCUCCAGUUAGGCCUUCUGUAAUGAUGGAUACAUCAUCCAGGAGUGAGGAUGAUUUGACUCAUCAACUAGCGAUGAUUAUACGGCACAAUGAAAAUUUAAAGAAGCAAGAACGUAAUGGGGCACCUGCACACAUCAUUUCCGAAUUUGCACAGUUAUUGCAGUUCCAUAUUGCUACUUAUUUCGACAAUGAACUUCCUGGUCAACCUAGGGCUACUCAAAGAUCAGGUAGACCUAUCAAAUCAAUAUGUAGUAGAUUAAAAGCUAAAGAAGGUCGAAUCAGAGGCAAUUUGAUGGGUAAGCGGGUGGAUUUCUCUGCUCGAACUGUGAUCACUCCAGAUCCAACUAUUAACAUCGAUCAAUUGGGAGUCCCAUGGAGUAUUGCUUUGAAUCUCACUUAUCCAGAAACUGUGACACCAUACAAUAUCGAAAGGUUGAAGGAACUCGUUGAGUAUGGGCCACAUCCUCCACCAGGUAAAACUGGGGCCAAGUAUAUAAUCAGGGAUGAUGGACAAAGGCUUGAUCUUCGCUACUUAAAGAAGAGCAGUGAUCAACACCUCGAGCUUGGAUAUAAGGUGGAGCGGCACUUGAAUGAUGGAGAUUUUGUCCUAUUCAACCGACAACCUAGUCUGCAUAAGAUGUCUAUAAUGGGACAUAGGAUAAAAAUCAUGCCAUACUCCACUUUCCGUUUGAAUUUGUCUGUCACCUCACCCUACAAUGCUGAUUUUGAUGGUGACGAGAUGAACAUGCAUGUUCCACAGUCAUUUGAAACUAGAGCUGAAGUACUUGAACUCAUGAUGGUCCCCAAGUGCAUUGUCUCACCUCAGGCAAAUCGACCUGUAAUGGGAAUUGUCCAGGAUACCCUUUUAGGGUGCCGCAAAAUCACCAAAAGAGACACUUUCAUUGAGAAGGAUGUUUUUAUGAAUAUAUUGAUGUGGUGGGGAGAUUUUGAUGGAAAGGUCCCUGCUCCAGCGAUCUUGAAACCCAGGCCAAUUUGGACAGGGAAACAAGUUUUCAAUCUCAUCAUACCGAAGGCCAUAAACCUCAUUAGAUAUUCAUCCUGGCAUUUAGAUACAGAAAAAGGGUUUAUUACUCCAAGAGAUACUCAAGUUAGAAUUGAAAAGGGGGAGUUGCUUACGGGAACUCUUUGUAAGAAGAGUCUUGGGACAUCCACUGGAAGUCUAAUACAUGUUAUAUGGGAAGAAGUGGGGCCUGAUGCAGCACGUAAAUUUCUUGGAUAUACUCAGUGGCUUGUUAACUACUGGCUAUUGCAAACUGGCUUUAGUAUUGGAAUUGGGGAUACAAUCGCUGAUGCUAUGACUAUGAAAAAUAUCUGUAACACUAUUUCUGAUGCAAAGAACAAAGUUAAAAAGCUUAUAAUAGAUGCUCGAGAGAAGUUGUUAGAGGCUGAACCUGGGAGAACAGUUCAAGAGUCAUUUGAGAAUAAAGUAAAUCAGGUUUUGAACAAGGCUCGUGAUGAUGCUGGAACGUUUGCUGAAAAGAGUCUAGCUGAGAGCAAUAAUCUCAAAGCUAUGGUAACUGCUGGAUCAAAGGGGAGUUUUAUAAACAUUUCUCAAAUGACUGCCUGCGUGGGGCAGCAGAAUGUUGAAGGUAAGCGAAUCCCCUUAGGCUUCAUUCAAAGGACUCUCCCUCAUUUCAGCAAAGACGACAAUGGUCCAGAAAGUCGUGGCUUCGUUGAAAAUUCUUACUUGCAAGGUUUGACCCCACAGGAGUUCUUUUUCCAUGCUAUGGGUGGUAGAGAAGGUCUGAUUGACACUGCAGUGAAAACAUCUGAAACUGGUUACAUCCAAAGGCGAUUGGUGAAAGCCAUGGAAGAUAUCAUGGUCAAAUAUGAUGGUACAGUCAGGAACUCAUUAGGUGAUGUUAUCCAGUUCCUCUAUGGGGAAGAUGGUAUGGAUUCUGUUUGGAUAGAAACACAAAGGUUAGAGUCCCUGAAGGUUGAUAAAUUGAAGUUUGAUGACAUGUACAAAUACGAGAUUGAUGAUCCAAACUGGAAUCCAAAUUACAUGAUCCCAGAUGCUAUUGAUGACUUGAGGUUAAUACGUGAGAUCCGAAGUGUCUUUGAUGCAGAGGUUCAGAAGCUUGAAUCCGAUAGGCUCCAGCUGGGAACAGAGAUUAUUGGCACUGGUGAUAACUCCUGGCCCCUACCUGUUAAUAUUCAGAGACUGGUCUUAAAUGCUCAAAAGACUUUCCGGAUUGACUUCCGAAGACCAUCCGAUAUGCACCCUAUGGAGAUUGUGGAAGCCGUCGACAAACUACAAGAAAGGCUUAAGGUUGUUCAUGGUGAUGACUAUCUCAGCAUAGAAGCUCAAAAAAAUGCAACCCUCUUCUUCAACAUUUUGCUUCGUAGUGUCUUGGCAAGUAAAAGGGUCCUGAAGGAGUACAGACUCACGAGAGAAGCUUUUGAUUGGGUAAUAGGGGAGAUAGAGUCUCGCUUUUUACAGUCACUUGUUGCACCUGGUGAAAUGAUUGGCUGUGUUGCUGCACAGUCAAUAGGUGAACCAGCUACUCAAAUGACUCUUAACACCUUUCAUUAUGCUGGUGUGAGUGCAAAGAAUGUCACUCUAGGUGUACCAAGGCUGAGGGAGAUCAUUAAUGUGGCAAAGAAAAUAAAAACCCCGUCUCUUUCUGUGUUCUUAAAGCCUGAAGUGGGUAAAACGAAGGAGAGAGCUAAAGCGGUACAGUGUGCUUUGGAGUAUACCACCCUGAGGAGUGUGACCAAAGCCACAGAAGUGUGGUAUGAUCCAGACCCUAUGAGCACCAUCAUCGAAGAGGAUGUUGAGUUUGUUAAGUCGUAUUAUGAGAUGCCAGAUGAAGAGAUUAACCCUGACAAGAUAUCUCCAUGGUUGCUUCGAAUUGAGUUGAAUCGUGAAAUGAUGGUGGACAAGAAACUCAGCAUGGCUGACAUUGCAGAGAGGAUCAACCUUGAAUUUGACGAUGAUGUUACCUGCAUUUUCAAUGACGAUAACGCUGAAAAGUUGAUUCUCCGGAUUCGCAUCAUGAAUGAUGAAGCUUCGAAGGGUGAAUUGGAUGAUGAAUCCGCUGAGGAUGAUGUUUUUUUAAAAAAGAUAGAGAGCAACAUGUUGACUGAGAUGGCUCUUCGUGGCAUUCCUGACAUUAACAAAGUCUUCAUCAAGAGCACCAAAGUACAAAAAUUUGAUGUGAAGGAAGGCUUUAAAGCUGAGGAAGAAUGGAUGUUGGACACUGAGGGAGUCAACCUCCUAGCAGUCAUGUGUCAUGAAGAUGUUGAUGCCAAAAGAACAACAAGCAACCACUUGAUUGAAGUCAUUGAGAUUCUUGGGAUUGAGGCAGUUCGAAAGGCAUUACUUGAUGAAUUGCGUGCUGUCAUAUCUUUCGAUGGUUCUUAUGUGAAUUACAGACACUUGGCCAUUUUGUGUGACACUAUGACAUAUCGUGGCCAUUUGAUGGCCAUCACCCGGCAUGGAAUAAACAGGAAUGACACAGGACCGAUGAUGAGGUGUUCAUUUGAAGAGACUGUGGACAUUCUUCUCGAUGCUGCUGUGUUUGCUGAGUCGGAUCACUUGAGGGGCGUUACUGAAAAUAUUAUGUUGGGUCAGCUUGCACCAAUUGGGACAGGCGAAUGUGCUUUGUAUCUGAAUGAGGAGAUGUUGAAACAUGCUAUUGAGAUCCCGUUGCCUAGUUACAUGGACAGUGGGCUUGAAUUUGGAAUGACACCUGGACGGUCCCCGAUCAGUGGCGCCCCAUAUGAUGGUCUCAUGUCUCCUAUGCUUAUGAGUCCUAAUUUCAGAAUGUCACCAUCCACUGGUGCUCAGUUUUCUCCUUUGCUCAGUGGAAUGGCUUUUUCACCCUCUUCUAAGUACAGUCCGUAUUCACCUAUGUACAUGGAAUCUGGAUACAGUCCAUCCUCACCCAAUUAUAGCCCUGACUCCUCCGGUUAUAGCCCUACCUCUCCCACAUAUUCUCCCACCAGUCCAUUCUACUCACCAACUUCACCGCGCUACAGCUCCACCUCGCUGAGCUACAGCCCUACAUCACCUCGUUACAGCCCUACCUCGCUGAGCUACAGCCCCACCUCGCUGAGCUACAGCCCUACAUCACCUCGUUACAGCCCUACCUCGCUGAGCUACAGCCCCACCUCGCUGAGCUACAGCCCUACAUCACCUCGUUACAGCCCUACAUCACCUUGUUACAGCCCUACCUCACUUAGUUACAGCCCUACAUCUCACACAUACAGCGCGACUUCUCCAUCAUACAGCCCGACAUCACCUUGGUAUAGUCCGACUUCUCCAUCUUAUAGUCCGACUUCUCCAUUUUAUAGUCCAACAUCACCAUCCUAUAGUCCUACUUCACCAGCAUACAACCCUACCUCUCGUGAGUAUAGUCCUACAUCACCAAGCUAUAGUCCCACCUCACAGAGCUACAAUCCUUCAGCAAGCUACAGCCCAUCACUUGCAUACUCACCCACCAGUCCCAAGCUGUCUCCUAGUCCAUACAGCCCAUCUUCCCCAAGUUACAGUCCUACAUCACCAUCGUACUCACCAACAUCUCCUUCUUAUUCACCUUCCAGCCCAACCUAUAGUCCAACCAGCCCAUACAACUCGGGCACAAGUCCGGAUUACAGCCCUAGUUCUCCUCCAUACAGUCCAAGUGCAGGUUAUUCUCCCAGUGCACCUAGGUAUUCCCCGUCUUCUACAAGCCAAUAUACACCCCAAAUGAGUGAUAGGGAUGACAAGAGCGUUAAAGAUGACAAAAGCAUACUCUAGAGACUAGAGUUAGUUGAUAUCGACGCAAGUUCCAAUCUUUUGUAUUUUUGGUGGGGGCCUCUCUUACCCCACAGUAGGUGGGGGCCUUUGCGGCACUGGGGUGAUGAUGAUGAUGAUAAUACCUUAAUGACGUAUACCAUGAAGUAAAUGCAGGACGAUUUUGAGGAUCAUUUUAAUUUGAUCUUUUUAACGAUGGAUGACACGUUAUUCGGGCUCUUAUUGCUUCUUAUAUGCCCAUCAGCUGCUUGAUGCGCGCGGGGACAACCCCUGGUGGGAAAAUCAUGUUUAGAAACUAAUACAGCUGUGGUGAGUAAGGAUUUGCGGGAAGCUUUUCUGAAGGCGGUGUUUGUUAUAUAUCAAAUUGGUCCAUGAGUGAAAGUGUGAAACUGUUAAAGCACUGAAUAUUCGAGUUCAUCUGAUUUGUUAAUACUCUGUGUAUAACAUAAUAUCCAGCUAUAUACUCCAUUUUUAGAAAUGUUUCUCAUUCCCAAAAAAUAGCUACACGUAGGCCCUGUCCUGGACUGGCCUACAUAUUUUCUGAAUCUGGGUCACCAUCCUUUAAAAGUUCUUCCCAGUGAUUCUGAGUUUUCCCCCGAAGUGGGGUAGUUUUAAAUCUUAU